AUGGGCAACGUCUGCCGGAGGCUCUGGGGGUACUUGAAGCCCUGUCUCCCCUGCUUCGCCCAGGAGACAGGCAAACAGGUGGCGCCGGAGCACACAGAGAGCCCCUGCCCCCCUGAGCCUCCCCGGCCGCAGGGCUCCUACUUCGUGGCCCUGUUCGAUUACCAGGCACGGACCGCAGAGGACCUGAGCUUCCGUGCGGGCGACAAGCUCCAGGUCCUGGACGCUUCCCACGAGGGCUGGUGGCUCGCCAGGCACUUGGAGAAAAGGGGCGUCGACUUGGGCCAGCGGCUGGAGGGCUAUAUUCCUUCCAACUAUGUGGCCGAGGACAGGAGCCUGCAGGCAGAGCCGUGGUUCUUUGGAGCAAUCAAGAGAGCAGAUGCAGAAAAUCAACUAUUAUAUUCAGGAAAUCAGACGGGUGCUUUUCUAAUCAGAGAAAGUGAAAGCGAGAAAGGAGGUUUCGCCCUUUCAGUUUUAGUUGAAAGGGCCGUGAAACACUACAAAAUCAGAAGACUGGACGAAGGGGGCUUUUUCCUUACUCGGAGAAGAACUUUUACAACGUUGAAUGAAUUCGUGAGCCACUACACCAAGAUAAGUGAUGGCCUGUGUGUCAAGCUGGAGAAACCAUGCUUAAAGAUACAAGUGCCAACUCCUUUUGAUUUGUCAUAUAAAACUGUGGACCAGUGGGAGAUAGAUCGCAACUCUGUACAGCUUCUGAAGCGAUUAGGUUCCGGUCAGUUUGGCGAAGUAUGGGAAGGCCUCUGGAACAAUACUACUCCAGUAGCAGUAAAAACGUUAAAACCAGGUUCAAUGGAUCCAAAUGACUUCCUGAGGGAGGCUCAGAUAAUGAAGAACCUAAGACAUCCAAAGCUUAUCCAGCUUUAUGCUGUUUGCACUUUAGAAGAUCCAAUUUAUAUUAUUACAGAGUUGAUGAGACAUGGAAGUCUGCUAGAAUAUCUCAAAAAUGAUUUUGGAUCAAAAAUCAAUCUGACUCAACAGGUCGACAUGGCAGCACAAGUUGCCUCUGGAAUGGCCUAUCUUGAGUCCCAGAACUACAUCCAUAGAGACCUGGCUGCUAGAAAUGUCCUUGUGGGUGAACAUAAUAUCUACAAAGUGGCAGAUUUUGGACUUGCAAGAGUGUUUAAGGUAGAUAAUGAAGACAUUUAUGAAGCUAAACACGAAAUAAAGCUGCCAGUGAAGUGGACUGCACCUGAAGCUAUUCGUUCUAAUAAGUUCAGCAUUAAGUCCGAUGUGUGGUCAUUUGGAAUCCUUCUUUUUGAAAUCAUUACUUAUGGCCAAGUCCCUUAUAGUGGAAUGACAGGUGCUCAGGUAAUCCAGAUGUUGGUCCAAAACUAUCGACUCCCUCAACCAUCUAACUGUCCACUGCCAUUCUACAACAUCAUGUUGGAGUGCUGGAAUGCAGAGCCUAGGGAUCGGCCAACAUUUGAGGAACUGUAUUGGAAACUUGAAGAUUUUUUUGACUCUGCAUAUUCAGAUGCAAAUAGCAUUGUAAGAUGA